CUACUUUAUUUUUAUCUCAAGGAUAAUUCAGUCUAGAUAUUUUGUUUGACCUGUUAAAUUAUUCAAAAUGGCAAGUGCUCCAACCGAAACUACAGAAACUAGCCGGCUACCAGGACCAGCAGGAGGAAGACCACAACUUUCUGCUGAUGAACUCAGAGUUAUUAGAGAAUGUAUGAGAGAAGGUUUUUACCAAAGAUGCCUCCCGUUGAGUGCAAUUUUAGGAGGUGCUGCUUAUUACGGAGUAAAAUCUGGCUAUCUAAAAGGAAAUGCAAGAUUUGGUGCCAUUCCUAAAGUUUUGCUCGCUGUAAUUGUUGGGUUCUUUGCUGGAAGAUUUUCCUACCGGUCAGUAUGUGCUGAGAAACUGAAACAACUUCCAGACAGUAAAAUUGGAGAAAUGUUGAGGAAAUCUAAAGGACCCGGAGUUGGACCUCGUGGAGCAUUCAUCUUUGGCCCAUUCUCAGCUCCUUAUUAUGGUUUAACUCCCUCCAAUGUUGCUCCAGAAGCUAAGGAGAAAUAGAAUUAAGAUACUUAUUUUGUUAGUAAUUAUAGGUCAUGUAUCCUCAGUGCUUUUAUAUGCUCAGGUUAUUUGAUACAUCACAAAAUUUCUUAACAUUUAAAAUAUUGUGCAUUAUUAAAUUGAAUUAUUUAGUA